AUGAAAUCGUUGGGAUGCGUGGUGGUCGGAGACGGGAGACUCUUCGUGGUGGAAAUUGAUGAGCGCAAGAAGGUCGGAAUCUUGAAGACGAUGAUCAAGGAGGCGAAGAUGUACAAACUUCCUGCGGACCAACUACUGCUAUACGUCGCGAAGAAGGGUGGCAACUGGCUCACGACGGACGAUCCUGACGUGACGAUGUUGGAGACUGGUGAGAUCCCCACUGGAAUCAUUAAUAUUAUGAAGAAGAAGGAGAACAAGAUGGAUUCUUGCUAUCGUGUCCGCAAUACGGCGUUUGGUUUCCCUAACGAAGACGCCGGUGAAGACGGUGAAAUCCACGUUCUGGUGAAACUUCCGGAAGCAGCCAACAAGAAGCAGCGUCUGGAGUGGCGGUCGACUCGGUGGGGAUCACACGCUUACGACCCGAACUCACAGUACUUUGUGCUGGAGAAAGAAGAUGUGGAUGAGUCCGGACUCCUACCCUCUCGCAUGAUGCUCUACUGCAGGCCCACAUUCCACCGCCAAUUCGAGUUGUUACGCGAUCAGGUAUCGAGCGAAGGUCAUUUGGGCUGGAUCCUUGGUCCUCCUGGAACGGGAAAGUCAACUACUGCAAUGGCAUUCGCGUCGACUGUGGACAGAAGUGAAUGGAUAGUUACUUGGAUUCAUGUGGCUAAGGACAUGGAUCUGAACUGCGUGCGUCUUGCUGGCGAAGAAAGAAAGACUCGAGCCAUUGAUAUUGCAAACGUAGACGAAGUUUUGCUGGUCGAUGACACUAAGAAGCAUCUACGGCUUGUUGAUGGCUGGACAGCUGCAGACUUCUUCAGGGAGCUAACAGUCAAGUGUCACCGAUGGUUGACGAGAGAUCUUGUCAAACGACGGCUGGCAUUUGUAUGCUCGGUAGCCUCUCGUGGCAAAGUUCAAGAGGGAACGGAUAUUCGGAUGCGUGCAAUGGAAUUUGAUGUCUGGUCGUGGACAUUGGCUGAGUACCUUGAUGCGGUUAAGGAACGAGAUUUUUUGAUGUGCGUGGCGAGUAUGUUGGAUGCUUCAGGCGGCGUAUAUGGACCAAGGUCUCCUGCGGAAAUGGUAGAGCUGAAGUAUCACUAUGCUGGUGGAUCAUGUCGCUACAUGUUUGACGAUACGACCACCGACGUCAAGACCAGACUUUGCCGAGCCGUGGAAUCCACCUCAAGUGCUGCCACUCUCUCUUCAGAAGGGCACCGCUCACAGCUUUGCAUCAACCGGCUUUUCGCGAUGUUUAAGCGACCGAAUUGGGAAGGUACUGUGUCGCCGUUGAUCAGUCGGUAUGCUGCUACUACAGUUGGUAUAGUAUGCGGUCCGGAGGCUAUCAAAAAGUUCAUGUCUACACAUCGAGACCAUUCAAACCCAGCACUGAAUGGAUGGAUGCUGGAGAUGGCGUUCUUCUCAAGUCUUCGACAGGGCGGUCUCGAACUUGUCGAUUCAGCAGGAAAUAAGCUUGACUUGUGGGGUCAAUCAGCUAUUGUGGUUUCGGAUGGAAUACCCGAGCUUUCUUGUGCACGCCCCGUAUGGAUUAAGCCCGAAAAAUGGAACCAAGGUGGAUAUGAUGCUAUCAUGGUGUGUAAACGUACUCAGCACGUGCGUUUGGUCCAAGUGACGAGUGCCCACAAGCAUUCUUUUCGCAUCGAUUUCUUUUACCAAUGGCUGAAGAUGCUGUCUGAAUCGCCGGAAAGUUUUGAGGUGAAGAAAUUGGAGAUAUUCUUUGUGGUCGAGCAAGACAAGCUGAGCGCGUUCGAAUUCACAACAACUGGAGAGGGACUUCUAGACCCUUUUGAGUGGCCGAAAGGGAAGGAGACUGAGCUAGUGCAACUUGUUGGGAUCCGAGGGUUAUAUAAUCUCUCACAGUAG